CACUGCGAUGCGUCUAUGCUGAAGUUUGUCCCUCCGCCGCUUCCGUUCGUGCUGACAGCAGCAGCAGCAGCAGCAACAAAGAUGGAGAGAGACUCUGCAGUCCGCAGAAUCAGAGCCCAGCAGAACCAACAGAAGCAGCCGGACAGUCGCGAUGAUGAGGCGGCCGCGCUGAACGGGUUCCGGAGCCGCAAACACAAGCCGGAAGUGCGCGCGCAGCUGUUGGGCGAGAGUUCCGCUGUGAUUCUACUGCUCGGGUUCGUGUGUCUGCUGUGGGCUCUGGUUCUGAUCUCAGUCCAGCAGCUCAUCAUCAGCAGCAGCGGACAGUUCAACUCUGUCCGGGCCAGGAAGCAUUUGGAGCGGAUCACCAGCGUCGGACCUCGGACCGUCGGGAGCCCAGAGAACGAGAUCACCACGGUAAACUACCUGCUGGAUCAGAUCGAGCAGAUCCGGUCUGUGACCAAAACUGGACCUCACUCCAUCACGGUGGACGUCCAGCGGCCCACCGGCUCCUUCAGCAUCGACUUCCUUGGUGGCUUCACCAGCUACUACGACCGUGUGACCAACAUCGCCGUCAAACUAGAGCCGAAGACCAGCGCGCAGCACUUCAUGCUCGCAAACUGCCACUUCGAUUCGGUGGCCAACAGCCCGGGAGCCAGUGAUGACGCUGUCAGCUGCUCUGUGAUGCUCGAGGUUUUACAUUCUCUGGCGAAUCUCUCCACACCGCUUAAACAUGGCGUCAUCUUCCUGUUCAACGGGGCUGAGGAGAACAUCCUGCAGGCAAGUCACGGCUUCAUUACCCAGCAUCCCUGGGCUCAGCAGGUGCGAGCGUUUGUGAACCUGGAGGCGGCAGGUGUGGGAGGGAAAGAGGUGGUGUUUCAGACAGGUCCAGAGAACCCGUGGCUUGUCCAGGCAUACGUUCGAGCUGCCAUCCACCCGUUCGCCUCAGUGGUCGGUCAGGAGGUUUUCCAGAGUGGAGUCAUUCCCUCAGACACAGACUUCCGCAUCUACAGGGACUUCGGGAAUAUUCCUGGAAUUGAUCUUGCGUUCAUUGAGAACGGUUUCAUCUAUCACACUAAAUAUGACACUCCGGAGCGAAUCCACACUGACUCCAUCCAGAGAGCAGGCGACAACAUCCUGUCUUUACUCAAACACCUGGUGAUGUCAGAUGAUCUGGCAGAUUCUUCACAGUAUCGUCAUGGUAACAUGGUGUUCUUCGAUCUGCUGGGAGUGACGGUGGUGGCGUAUCCCGCUCGCGUCGGCACCAUCAUCAACUACAUGGCAGCUUUCGCUACGGCGAUCUACCUGGGCAAGAAAUGCAUGUUGACCAGCAAUGUGGGCGGCCGGUACACACGUGAUCUGGCAUGUGCGGCGUGUUUGGUGGUCCUGAGCUGGUUCGUGACUCUUCUGACGGUUCUGAUCGUGGCUCUGCUCGUCACGCUGACGGGUCGCUCCAUGUUCUGGUACACUCACUUCUACGCCGCCGUCUGUCUGUAUGGAUCCGUCGCCGUCGGCAAGAUCCUGCUGAUCCACACACUGGCCAAGAACCUGUACUAUGGGAGCGUGAGUCGUGUGGAUCUGGCCGAGCUCUUCUUCGACGUCAGUCUGCUGUUGUGGUGUUGUGUGCUGCUCUUCCUCACUCAGCGCGGCUUGUGUUCAGCGUACGUGCCCAUGAUGAUGGUGGUGUUCCCGCUUGCCAGCAAACUGCUGCUCAGAAAGCACUUCAGAGCCAGAGGUGCGUCUCUGCAGUACUCUGUCCUGUACCUGGUGGGUCUCACUGUGCCGUACAUCCACAUCAUGUUCCUCAUCUGGGUGGUUUUUGAGAUCUUUACACCCAUCCUGGGCCGAAGCGGAACCGAAAUCCCACCCGAUGUCAUCCUGGCAUCAAUUGUUACCCUGGCAACCGUCAUUCUAUCUUCCUAUUUUAUGCAUUUCAUCUAUCUGUCCCGCAGUACGAAGCGGAUCUUGGCUGGUCUGGGGUCAGUGUUCACAUUGAUGUUUGUUCUGGUCUGCUGUGGUCUGUUCUUCCCGUACUCUGCUGACCCGUCCAGCCCGCGACCCAAACGAGUGUUUGUCCAGCACACCACACGCAGGAUCCACGCUCUGGACGGAUCGCUGCAGAGCUCCGACUCCGGCUUAUGGAUCAACAGUCUGGAUUACACCGGCAUGCAGCACAUCACUCCACAUAUCCCGCAGAUCAACGACAGCAUCCGCAUGCGCUGUCAGGACCAGAUGCCCUACUGCGGCUUCCCAUGGUUCCUCCCGGUCAAGUUCCUGGUCAAGAAGAACUGGUAUCUUCCGGCUCCUGAAGUCUCUCCUGAAGCUCCGCUGGAGUUCCAGCUCUUAUCCAGAGAGGAGACCGAAUGGGGAAGUGUUAAAAUGACCUUUGAGGUCAAAGGUCCGACUCACAUGUCUCUGUACCUGCUUCCUCACGCCGGCGCGUCUCUGAGCGGCUGGUCAUUCGGCGACGGGACGCCGCAGUUCGACCUCAGCGGAGAGUACUUUAUAUUUUACUCUCACGGUCUCGACGCUCCUGCCUGGAACUUCUGGUUUGAGAUCCAGCCGCCCAAGUCCUCAGACGUGUCUCCUGACGAGGGCUUGAUCUCUCUGGCCAUCUCCGCUCAUUAUUUCUCCGGUCCGGACCGGCGCUCGGAGCAGCUGGAGUCCCUACUGAAGAGAUUCCCGGACUGGGCGUUCCCGUCCUCAUGGAUCAGCACGUACCACAUGUACAGAUACUGAGGGCCGCUCGCUCGAGAGCCCCGAUCUCACACACACACACACACACACACACCGCUCACUGCGGACCCGUGAACACCGUACGAACUCAUUCAUUCACAUCAACCAACGCACGUUUUUUUUGUUUUAUUUUAUUUGUUUAGGUCAUAUUUACACACAAAAUCUAAAGAAAAAUUAAGAUUACUUUAGGACUGUUAAGUUUAGAACGGUUUUUACUUUGUGACAUUUUUUUUAAUAUGAUAAUUAAACAUUUUACGUUUCACGUUUUUCAUUUGACAUUUUAUUUAUCUAUUUUUUGUUAUUUUUUAUUAUUUCAUUUACUUUGUUUUUUUAUUUUUCAUUAUUUCUGAUUAUUAUUAAUGAAAUACCACGAUUUAACAUUAUUUCUAAAAAUGUCAUGUACUUAAUGAAUAAAAAUGUAGCAUUUUUAGAAAUAAUGAAAAUUACAAAAAUAAACGAAUUAUUCUUUAGAAACAUUAAAUUAGUUUGUUUUUGUAUUUUCCAUUAUUUCUGAUUCGUAGUUAUUAAUAAAUAUGAUGAUUUAAUAAAUAUAAUUUAUAAAUAAGUAAUAAAAAUAUAGCAUUUAUAGAAAUGAUUAUUAAAAGUAAUGUUUCUAAAAAAAAAUAUUUACUUUUUGAUUUUGUAAUUCAAAUAAUUUCUGAUUGAUUUAUUUUUUAAAUAUUCAUUUUAAUUAGCAUAAAUUAAAGAGAGUACAACAAAACAACACACUACCACAAUGUAUAAAUACUUCAGAAUUGAAAUAAUAUAAUUUUUUUUUUUUUUUUUUUUUUUACAACUGUAAGAUUUACAAAGGAGUUUAAUUAUCAUGAAAAUAAUGCAAAACAUCUGAACGGUUUUGAUUGUGAGGCGAAAUGUGACCGUCACAUGAUCUCAACCGGUUUCUUGAGAUUCUUCCGUGUCUCAGUAUUUCUGUGGUCAUGUGACUCAGUCGGUUUAGUAGUUUCAGCUGGUCUUUAGUUUCACGUCUCUCCCGCCGGACCGAGACAUUCACUGGUUCCAAUGGAACAAACACAACGAGAUUCAAUGGGAGAUCACGUCAUGUCAGAAUCACCGUCAUCACGAGUUUACGCCCUGUCAAAUCCUCGUUCUUCAGUCUUUUGCAGGGGCUCACACAGGUGAAUUCUUGUAGCAAUGAUGUCAUUUCCUGUCUGUGACCUCGUGAUGAUGACGGUCAUUCAGACAAGCCGUUUUACUCGUUCGUGGUGUUUUAUGUGCAGCUUUAUUUUCAGAUUGAGUUCUGAUCAUUCUGGUCAAACGCACAUUCUGCUGGAUCCAAACAAAAACAUGCAGAACCUUGAAACCCAAGUGCUUUUUUAUUUAUUCGAUUUUGAAGCGCUGGAUGAUUGUUCAUGUUUGUAUGUUUUUUAUUUGAAUCAUUGUUGCAGCAGGAAAAAUGGUGUAAAGCUUCUUCUGGAUUGAACUGGAUUUGAAGUCUUAAAAUGACCUGUAUUAACCACCAUAACUAUUAUUAUUAUUACUACAACAACAGUAAACACAAACUUCAGAAUCUUUGUCCUUUCAUCAUUUGACUGUUGGAUGAAGUUAUGGCAGUUUUACUUGAGUAUCAGUAACUGAAUGGUACCUGGUGUUUGAAUGAUAUAGUGCAACAGGACUGAACUGGAUUUGUAUGUUUGAGAGCCGUGUUUAUCUGACGAGGAACAUAUGAAUGAUUUCAAGCUCUUUGUGAGACAGAUUAAACUGAAUGUGAAUUAUGUUCGCUAACACUUUACAAUACCACCUCAUCUGUUAGUAAAUGCAUUAGCUAACAUGAACUAACAAUAUUUUACAGCAUUUAUUAACAUAGUGCAUUCGCUAAUGUUAAAGGUACGCUGUGUAACCCUGUAGCGGUUAAAAACAAAACUGCAUGUAUUUCGCAGAAGAACUUUGUUUUGGUUGUGCUUCGGCUCUGCGUGACUGUGCAGAUGAAUAUGAUUAUCCUACAUUCAUAACUAGGUUAAAGAGAGAACCAGUUUAGACGAAAAGGAUCUCAAGCUGAUUAGCUGAAGACGUUACUGUAGCUUUAUCCAUGAAUAAACACGGUACUUCCUUCAAAUAGACUCUAUUAGAGUGUACAUAUAGCAAUUUAUCUGUUCAGUAAAACGCCUUUGAGUUAUAAAAUCAAAUCCCUCAGUACUCGCCAUCUCCUAAAGCCAAGCCCAUGUUGAUUCUUGUUUUAUUACGAGCUCUGUCACGAGACCAGCAGACUCUCCUCUGUUCGCCAUUUGUUUAAAACGGGCGAUUCCCCGGAGGUUGGAGAUUUAUCGGCUCCUUGUCAACCUUUUUCGCUCAUUCUGAUAACCUCUGCCACUCCCACACCAGACACACGUCAAAGUGGGCGGAGCAACCUCUCUCUAUACAGAUAUAACGAGACACACGGGCAAGUGAUGUAUGUACGUAAUUUCCUGACAGGUCUAGAAUAUAACAGGCUUACAGUAGUGAAUCAGGGUAGGAACAAAACACGUUAUGGAAGAAGGAUCGUUGUAUUAACUCAUUUAAAUUUUAAAUUGUUAGUUUUGAGCAAAAAAAGUUACAUAGUGUACCUUUACAGCUGAAAUUAAAAUUAAUGUAGUUAACACAAAAUGUUUUUGUAAAGUGUUAGCAGAUUUUUUUAUUUUUAUAAAUUGUGCUGCUGUAAUUGCAUUUCUGACGGUUAUUUAUGCAUUUAGACUCAUUUUUUAUUUUUUCGGUUUGAUGAGCUCGAGAUCUGGUUGCUUUUGUCUAAUCAGUCUAACACUUUUUUGAUUAUGAAUGUGAUCUAAUGAAUGUGAACUAAUUUCAAUUCAAAUGCAUUGAUAAAUAAGUAUCUUUGUCCCAGAUUUCAAAGAAAAUGGAAAUAUAACUGACACCUGAUAGUGAAUGUUUGAUUAAUGCUGUUCAUUAUAUUAACCUGCUUUUAUGUUUUUGUUUGGGAUGAAAGUCGACAUGCGUUCAGGAGAAUGUUCAAUGAGAAUUAUUUUGUAUGAAUGUUACUCUUAAUUUUUAAAUAUGUAUUCAUACUAAUCCACGACAUCAAGGUCUUCUUUACUAAUUAAGCUAGUGUUCGUUACAUUUGCAUGUCUGACUUGAGCAAACAAAAGCAAUUAUUCACAGAAAGUCCUGCACAUCAGUGUAAGAUAGUCAACGUUCACUUAAUGAUAAAAUGAUUCAAAUCUGUAAAGAUGAACAUUUUCAGUUUUGUCAUAUUCUGAAACAUAUUUUAUGAUCUCAACAUAUUAUAUAACUCACACAAAUGCUGUAUUUCUGACCUCCACGAAUCACUUGAGUUGUUUAAUUGUCUUAAUGUCUGAGAGUUUGAGUUCCUGUGAAUAUUUUCACUUGUUUUGUCUGGUUCAGAUUGUUUAUUUAUAGUAUCAUAUGCUGCACUCAAUUGUUCUUGCAAGACAAAUCAAUUUUCUAUAACAAAAUCUA